AUGAAUAUUAAAGUAUCUUCAACAAUUAUUCUGGCUUCAUUGUUGUUUUUAGGAGCAAGCUUAUAUUGUAUAACUUUUUUAAAUGUAGACUAAUAUGAUGAGGAAUUUGCUUACGAAGCCUCUGGAUAUGCCCAAGCAUCUAGAUGCUCAUUACAAAAUAUAUAAAACUGGAGCUGUGGAACAGCUUGCUAAAUAAAUCCAGGUGUAACUGACAUUAAAGCCUUUUACAACUCAACUCAUCAAAUCUAAGGAUAUACUGCUUAUGACUAGAAUAAAAAUAUGAUUAUAGCUGCUUUCAGACCAACAGUCACCGAUUUAAACACCUUAAUUGAUUUAGACUACUUUUAAAUUAAGUAUGCUUCUUGUAACGGUUGCGAAGUUCAUAGAGGUUUCCUUCUUGCUUGGAAAGAUCUUUAAAAUUAAGUUUUAACAUCAAUAAGUGAACUUGCUAAUACAUACCCAAACGCUAAGGUUGGUGUAUUUGGUCAUUCUCUUGGUGGUGCUCUCGCUGUUUUGGCAUCAAUCGAUAUUAACAAUGAUGUUAAGCAUGUAGAUUACUUGUACACUUUUGGAUAGCCAAGAGUUGGUAACAAAAAAUUUGCUAAGUAUUUCAAUGAAAGAAUAGGAAAUAUUUAUAGAUUAAUUCAUAACAGAGAUUUGAUCCCUCAUGUUCCCUUAAGAGUUAUGGGAUUUUAUCACGAAGGAACUGAAGUUUGGUAUGAUGAACCAAAUACUAGCUAUGAAGUGUGUGAUUUUGAAAAAGACAACAAUAAGUGUAGUGAUAAAUUACAUUCUUUCACCAUGAAAGACCACUGUUAUUAUAUGGGCAGAGAUAUAUGUGAAGAUUGUUGA